AUGGUGUCUCAAUUAUCUACAGGUAAGUAUUUAACUGUAGAUGUUCAUUACAGUGGAGUAUUUGCCCGAAAUCCAUUGAAAUACUUAGACCUCGAAAAGAUAACAGUGCGUGAUGUCGAUUUUGGAGGAUUUACGUACAAAGAGUUUCUUUUGUGGCUUAGGAAUUUAACCAAUGGAAGUUGUGAUAAUGUGUACUACUGUAGUAGAAAGGAAACCUUGGGUGAGGGUAUUAUAAGAAUCGACAGUGAUGCUGAUUAUUGGGAGUUUGUUGAAGCUACUUAUACUCCUGAAGCUGAGUUGGAUGUCUACAUUGACUACCAAAAUGAUCCAAUCCUUGAUCGGGCUGAAAAUGAGGUGUUAUCAGAUGGUAAUUGGUAUGACUUGGAUGACAACGAAGAAGAGGAUGACAAUGAAGAAGAAGAUCACAAGGAAGAAGAGGAUGACAGUGAUGAAGAUGAUAAUUUGGAUGAUAUUAUGGCAUAUGAGCAUGAAGUUGAUGAAGAAGUCCAUACCUUUAACAAAACUGUUGGUGAUGAUUUUUUAAACAAACUUUCAGGUAAGCUUAGUGAUGAUGAUCAACCUAAUGAUGGAAAAGAUGAUAAGGUUGUAUUCCCUGUCCAUGAUGAGAAUCAAGAAUGGGAUAAGAUGGUGCCAAUUCUAGCAUAUGCAGAGAAUCAGGGCAUAAUAAAGCAAAAUGUCCUCAAAAACCAAUUGGGGAAUCAUCUAAUCCAAAUCCAAAGUCAAAAAAUAAAAAAACCAACAAAAAAGGUAAAGUGAAGGUUGAAUUGAAUCAAGAAGUUGAUGUGGAAAGUGAUAGUGACAGUGAAGUUCAAAGGGAGCCUGACAGUGAGGUCGAGUCUUAUGAAGUUGAUUUUGAAGAGGGUAAUCAUACAUAUGAAGAUGUAGACCAACCUGAUGUUGAAACUGAAGAAUAGGUUGAAGUUGGAGGGGUUGAAGAACAGGUUGAAGCACUUGUUGAAGUUGAAGUUGAAGAAGGUCAAUACCAGGCUGUAGUUGUAGAUCAAGUAGAAGUUGAAGCUGAAGGACAGGGUGAU